UUGCUGCGCGAAGCCCAGCGGAACAGUGCUUCGAGGAGAAAGACUGCAAGGAGAGCGGGGUGCAGCUGCUGGGUCUGCCGGCGUUAUGCAGGCCGCGCAGCCGCGGAGGCCGAAUUCCCCCCAAUCCUUGCCGAAGGUGUCGCAUCACCCCUUCUGCCUAAGCGUGAAAGGCCACGUGAAGAUGCUACGGCUGGUACUAACUGUGACGUCUAUGAUCUUUUUUAUCCUGGCACAGGCUCCUGAACCAUACAUUGUUAUCACUGGAUUUGAAGUCACCGUUAUUUUCUUUUUCAUAGUUUUAUAUUUACUCAGACUUGAUCGAUUACUGAAAUGGUUAUUUUGGCCUUUGCUUGAUAUUGUCAACUCAUUGGUAACAACAAUAUUCAUGAUAAUUGUAUCUGUGUUGGCACUGAUACCAGAAACCACAACAAUGACAGUCCUUGGAGGGGUGUUUGGACUCGUGUCAGUAGUGUGCUGUAUUGCAGAUGGGGCACUUAUUUACCGGAAGCUUCUGUUUAAUCCAAGUGGUCCUUAUCAGAAAAAGCCUUCUCAUGAGCAAAAACUUAUUUUGUAAUUUUAUAUCCCUUUUUAGUGGAUGCUAAGCAUUAAAAAUUUUUCUUUAUUCUUCUA